GAGUAUGUAAAGUAUAGUAGGGGUCAGUGAGUUCAGUGGUAGGGGUAAGGGUGUAUUUAGAUGCUGAUGUAACGUUACCCUCUAACGGUUACUCGUCCUCCAUUACAGUAUAAUAGUCAGAUAGCAAAAGGCCAUGGCUCUGUGCGGGGGCAUAGGAGCGUUAUCCUUACCUAGCGAGCUAAUUGUCCACAUAUUUUCCUUCCUGUCGGACCGGGACAAGCUCAGGGCCUCGGCGGUAUGCUCUCGCUGGAGGGAGUGUCUCUUCUACCCCGCGCUGUGGACGGAUCUAAAGCUGCGGCUCGGUGGAAGUGUGAACGGUGGCGGCACUGGUCCUGGAGAAACCCCGAAACUUGAAUUUCUCAUGCGCAAGUUUGGAUCAUUCGUGCGUGAGCUUGAGUUGGAGUUUUCCCCUGUAGAAGGAUACCCCGGUCCAGUGCUGGAUGUAGAUCCUGACGGUCACGACACGCAGUUUCCUGACCGCUGGAAAGAUGCCAUGGGCUGUUAUUUGGACCAAGUGUUAUGCGUACUGAGAAGUCUGCGAAAUAACAGAAACCUCCAGAAGCUGAGCCUUUAUGGAGCCACUUGUAUUCUCCAGGAGGAGGGGAUUUUGGGGAGCUUGUACUCCCUGGACCAGGACAACCAAGGCAGCAAGAAAAUAAAAGAGAUCCAGCAGCUCUUUGAGCAGGUCCUGGCCAGCAGCAGGCAGUUGAAGUGGCUGGGAUGUGCCUUCAUGCUGGGUAUGGUUAAGUCCCGCUCGCUCCUGUCACUGUCCAACCUCAGCGCCGCGUCUCUGGAGCACCUGAGCCUCCUUGACGGCCAUGCCCUGCCUCCACUGGAGGGCCAGACCCCACCCCCGUCUGACGACCGGACCCCGCCCCUGCUCUGCCCCCCAGAGCUAGAGAGGCUGCCGAACCUUCGCUCCCUGGUGCUCGACUUCCGCCACUUCUCCUCGGCCAUGUGUCAAGCCCUGUCAGACGGUGGCCGCGCCCCCCUCCUCCGACUCUCCCUGCUGCUGGGCGGGACAGCCCCGCCCGAGGCUCCGCCCACCGAGGAGGACUGGCAGGCGCUGGUGCGGCAGAGCGUGGGCCUCAGGGUGUACCUGAUGGCGCUGGACGGGCGCAGCGAGGACCUGCUGAGGGUGCUGAAGCCCAGCCUGCCGCUGGAGCAGCUCCACUUUGACAGCUAUGCGGCCUGCUCUGCGGGGGCCCUGGAGCUGGUCUCCCAGCAGUACCACAAAACCCUCACACACUUCAGCCUGGUCCGCGACAACGCCCGCUUCCCCGACCUCAGUGACAACCGCAACGAGGACCCACUGGUGCUGCUGGCCUGGCGCUGCACGCGCCUCUCUCUGCUCCUGCUCCACGGCUACACGGUGUGGGCGCACAAUCUCAUCGCCAUCGCGCGCCUGCGCGGCUCCAGCCUGAAGGUGCUCGCGGUUCCGGAGGAGAGCAUCCACUUUGACCCCGACCAGGUGCAAGUCCUGGAAGAGGAACCACUGCACCACCUGAUCAAGGAGGUGUCCCUAGGACUGGGCCGUGCAUGGAGCCCCGCCCUGGACUCCGCCCUCCUCCUCAACGACCCCACCCAGCACUUCUACAGGGAGGCGCAGAGCUUUAGCGUGGCUGUGUAGACCAUACCCCUGCCUGCCAUGCCCUGUGCCCUGUGACAUGACAGAUCUGUCCUUUUAUGACUAUUACACAUAUUUUUGUUUUGAAGUUCUAUUGUUCAUUUUCCUGUAGUGUGAACUAACCCUUUAUUUGUGUUGUGUUUGCUCAAUAUUAG